AUGGCAUCUGUUCAUCUGCUUCUUCUUUCUAACCUGUUCUUCAUUUUUUGUUUAUUUUUUCAAUCAAGAUCCUCACUUACAUCAAAAAAUGCAAUUCUACCCCUCAAGAUUCAAUCAAUUUCAUCUAGCAUCUACAUAAAACCGCCAAAGAAGCUCCCUUUUCAACAUAAUGUUUCUCUCACCGUCACCCUCGCCGUCGGCUCACCUCCACAGCCGGUUACCAUGGUCCUCGACACCGGCAGCGAGCUUUCAUGGUUUCACUGUAAUAAAACACCAACCACACCUUUGUCGUACGACCCAUUACAUUCCAAAUCCUACACCCCUGUUCCCUGUAGCUCCCCCAUUUGCAUGACCCGAACCCGAGACUUCACUGUCCCCGCUUCUUGCGAUCCGAAAAAACUCUGCCACGCUACUCUCUCCUACGCCGACGCCACUUCCGUCGACGGCAAUCUCGCCUAUGAUACCUUCCAUUUCACGGAUUCGGACCUUCCCGGAGUAAUAUUCGGUUGCAUGGAUAUGGAAUCAAGCUCUAACCAAGAUGAGGAUUCGAAAACAACCGGGCUAAUGGGUAUGAACCGGGGGUCGUUAUCUUUUGUGACCCAAAUUGGGUUCCCAAAGUUCUCGUAUUGCAUAUCGGGUCAGGACUCCACCGGCGUACUACUAUUCGGAGAAUAUAAUAUCUCUUUGCUCCGGCAGCCGUUAGCUUACACAUCCAUGGUUAAAAUGUCAACGCCGUUACCGUAUUACGACAGGGUGGCAUACACGGUUCAGCUUGAAGGAAUCAAGGUUGCGGGUACUGUUCUACCCUUGCCCAAAUCCAUAUUCGUACCCGACCACACCGGAGCCGGUCAAACCAUGAUUGAUACGGGUACCCAGUUCACUUUUCUUCUUGGACCUGUUUACACUGCUCUGAAAAACGAGUUCUUAAAACAAACCAAGAAUGUAUUACGGGUGUAUGAGGAUCCGAACUUCGUGUUUCAAGGUGCAAUGGACCUUUGUUACCGGGUUGAACGGAGUCGAGUCGGGUUACCCGUGUUACCUAGUGUGAGAAUGAUGUUUCGGGGCGCCGAAAUGGUUAUUUCGGGUCAGAAGCUCCUGUUUAAAGUCGCGGGGGUAACCAAGGGUGGUGAUGACAUACAUUGCUUUACGUUUGGGAAUUCAGAUUUGUUAGGAAUUGAAGCAUACAUCAUUGGACAUCACCAUCAACAAAAUAUGUGGAUGGAAUUUGAUCUUGCAAACAAUCGGGUCGGGUUUGGUGAGGUUAGCUGUGAUUGUAUAAGUCAAAAGCUUGGAAUUGACUUGUAA